CUCAUCAAUCUUUCAAACGUAACAAAACAAUCAAAAUGGUUAAGCAAUUCCAUGUCUUCUUCUUCCCCAUGUUAGCCCAUGGUCACAUGAUCCCUUCCCUCGACAUUGCCAAGCUUUUCACCUCUCGAGGAAUCAAAACCACCAUUAUCACCACUCCCCAAAACGUCACCUUUUUCACCAAAGCAGUUGAACGUGCUACCCAGCUCGGCCAACAAAUGUCAGUCCGGGCUAUCGACUUUCCCGUCGCCCGUGCCGGCCUCCCUGAAACCUGUCAAUCCCUCGACCAAGUUCAGUCCGAAGAAAUGCUACACAGGUUCUUCAGAGCCACCGUUUUACUUCAGCCACAGCUCGAGCAAGUUAUGGCUGAGUGCCGCCCUAAUUGUCUCGUGGCCGACAUGUUCUUCCCAUGGGCAACGGAAUCCGCAGCUAAGUUUGGAAUUCCCAGGCUUGUUUUCCAUGGUAUUAGCUACUUUGCAUUGGUUUCAUCUGAAAGCUUGAUGUUGCACAAGCCUCAACUUAAGGUUAAAUCUGAGGUGGAGCCGUUUGUACUUCCUGAACUACCUCAUGAAGUGAAAAUGACUAGAAUGCAAUUGGCUAACCAUGACAAAGAAGAGAUGGAGCAUUCUGAUUUCGCUAAGCUUUUGAGGGAAAUCAAACAAUCUGAAAUCGACAGCUUUGGUGUUCUUGUCAACAGCUUCUACGAACUCGAACCAGAUUAUGCAGAUCAUUACAGGAAUGUUAUUGGGAAAAGAGCAUGGCAGAUUGGCCCCGUUUGUCUCUACAACAGAGAGAGGUCAGAUAAAGCAAACAGAGGAAAAGAAUCAUCCAUUGACGAACACGAAUGCCUCAAAUGGCUUGAUUCCAAAAAACCCAAUUCGGUAAUCUACGUCAGUUUCGGCAGCCUAGCUGAAUUCACCCAUUCCCAAUUACACGAGAUCGCCAUGGGACUCGAAUCCUCCGGCCAUCACUUCAUCUGGGUAGUAAGAAAAUCUAACUCCAACGGCAAGGAAUUGCUGCCGGAAGGGUUCGAUGAUCGGAUUAAAAACAGAGGAUUGAUCAUAAGAGGAUGGGCUCCCCAAGUUCUUAUUCUAGAACAUGAAGCUGUAGGAGGGUUCAUAACUCACUGCGGUUGGAACUCGACUCUUGAAGGGAUCUGCGCCGGUCUGCCGAUGGUGACUUGGCCGGUAAUGGCGGAGCAGUUUUUGAACGAGAUUCUGGUUACUGAAAUAUUGAAAACAGGGGUUAGAUCGGGAGCUAGAAAGUGUGGGAUAACGACGGCGGGGGAGGAAGUGAAGAGGGAGGCGGUGGCGAUGGCGGUGGGGAAGGUGAUGGAAGGGAGAGAGGCGGAGGAGAUGAGGGAAAGAGCGAGGAAACUGAAGGAGAUGGCGAUGAACGCCAUUGAAGAAGGUGGAUCUUCUUAUAAUGAUUUUAAUUCUCUGUUGGAAGAGUUGAUCAAUUAUCAUCCAUCUGCUUUGAAGAAGACCACUCCAGUUUCUAAUUAAGCUUUAAGCUUCAAAAAAAAGAAACUUAAUAUGUAUCUUACUUUAUCUCAUGUUUUUUGAGCCUUAUUAAUGUUUAAUUAUUGUAUUUUUAAAAUUUAUUAUGGCUAC